ACAGCCUGCUACAUCUACAUCUUCCGAGCUAGGAUCAGGUAAGUUUAAAAAACUUCCUUUCAUUAAUAUUAAAACUUUUGAUGGCCAGAGUGUGAUGGACUAUCAUCCAUUCAUUAAUAUGUUUAAGGCAGUCAUUGAUAUGGAUGCAAACCUGAGUUUCUGCGAAAAACUGUACUAUUUGCGGUCGUUUUUGGCAGGAGGAGCUUUAGAUUUGAUAAAGCAUUUAAUGCUUACUGGUGAAAACUAUGAGGUAGCUUUAAAACUCCUUAAUGAUAGGUACAAUAAUAUACCUAAAAUUGUAAGUUUUCAUGUAAAUAGCAUUCUUGACAUGCCAGUUUUGACAAAAUGUACAGCUUCUGGGCUGCGUUCAAUAGUGUCAACUGUAAAUAUGCAUCUUGCAGCAUUGAAAAACUUGAAUGAAAAGGUUGAGUUCUGGGAUACUAUAUUGGUCAAUAUUUUGUCUAGGAAGAUUGAUUCCUACACUUACCGUGGAUUUUAUCUUGAGCGUGGUUUGCAGGAGGUUCCUAAAUUGUGUGAAUUGCUUACUUUCCUAGAAAAAAGGGCUAUUGCAUUGGAAGCCACAAUGAGGGAGGAGCCUAAGAAGAGGGAGAAUUCGGUUGUGAGUGCUGCAGCUGCUACUGGAGUUUCAUGUGUUCGAGUAUGUGUGCCGGCAGCUGACACCUGUGGGUCCAUAUUUGGUGAAGACGAGGUUCGGUCAUAUUGUAGGCGGGGGGCUGCCCUUCCCUGCCGGCAAGAAGUCGAUAAGUAACUAUUGUGUUACAACUAAAGGUAAUCCUUUCCAUUUUAAUGUAGCUGAGGAUGAUUUACAACCACCCUUCCCAUGUGCUAAACAAAGUGAGGUUUGUUUACUGUCAAAUGAUUGUCAACCUUCGGAAGAUAUUGUUGAUAUAAUGUCCAAGUUUUGGGAUUGUGAAAAGGUACCUGAUAUCAUUAAGGAAACAGGUACAGAGGCUGAGCAGGCUGAACAGAUUUUUCUGGAGUCGGUUAAAUUAGAAAAUGACAAGUUCACUGUGGCCAUGCCUGUGAAGGUUGAGUUGGAUAAGUUAGACUUAGGUGAUUCUUUUAGUUGCGCCUUGCAACGAUUUUUUAAUUUAGAAAAACGGUUUUCACGGGAUCUAGAAUUGAGUAAAAAAUAUAAAAAAUUCAUACAUGAUUACAUAGACCAAGGUCAUGCUAAAUAUUUUGACAUGUCUACUUAUGACUUAAGUGCAGGUAAUGUCAUGUUUCUGCCCCACCACCCUGUAAUUAGCUCCAGUAAAACGACACCUGUUAGGGCUGUUUUUGAUGCUGGCGCUGUCACAAAAAAGGGUAUAUGCUUAAAUGACAUUUUAUUAAAUGGUCCGGUGGUUCAAAAGGAUCUCUUUGAAAUUCUGAUUUUGUUCAGAACUUUCAAGUAUGUAUUAUUGUGCGACAUAAAGGCUAUGUAUCGCCAAAUUCUAAUUGAGGAUAAGUAUCGUUGCUUGCAAAAUAUUUUGUGGCGCGAUUCUCCGGACGACUCAGUCAAAUGUGUACAGUUGCAGACAGUGACGUAUGGUUUGAAGAACUCUGCGUUCUUGGCAUGUAGGUGUUUGUUGGAAUUAGCUCAGAGAUACGAGAGUCAAUAUCCUUUGGCUUCGUUUGUGUUAAAGCACACGUGUUAUGUUGAUGAUAUUCAGUGCGGUUCUAAUGAUUUGAAUGAGCUUAUCCAGAUGAAAAAGGAGUUGGUUGAUUUAAUGAAGUUGGCUAGUUUGUCUCUUCACAAAUGGUGCUCUAAUAACCAAGAAAUUUUAAGCGACAUACCGGUUGAAUUUCAUCAACUCGAUAGUAGGAGCUUUGAUAAAAAUAAUGAAUAUGUUAAAACUCUUGGAUUGACAUAUGACGUCAUUACCGAUACUCUUAACAUGCAGUGUCCUGUUAAAGAGGUUCAAGAAAAGUACACGAAGCGUCAGAUGCUUAGCUUCAUAAGUAAAUUUUUUGAUCCUUUAGGAUUAUGUGGCCCUGUGUUAGUGCAGGCAAAGAUACUGAUGCAACAGGUUUGGUUUGAAUCGUUGAAAUGGGAUGAGUUUUUACCUCAAGGUCUUAACCAAAAGUGGGUUGACUUUGCCAAUAGCUUAGUUCAAAUGUCUUGCAUAUCGAUAGCUAGAAAUAUCAAUGUUCAAGGAGCACAAUCGUUAGAAUUAGUGGGAUUUUCUGAUGCUUCUAAUGCUGCUCAUGGUUGUUGUUUGUACUUACGUGUCAUUGAUGCUGACAACAAGGUUUCGGUGAAUCUUUUGUGCUCAAAAUCGCGCAUCAAUCCCAAGGCUAAAUCCUUGACUAUCCCAAAAUUGGAACUGAAUGGUGCCCUGCUACUUGCUAUUCUAGCUCGGAAGGUGUAUACUGCUCUGUCCUUAAAAUACUCAGUGAGCGCUCAUCUUUACAGUGACUCCAUGAUUUUGCUAGCUUGGUUAAAAACAUUACCGGUAAAGCUUAACAUGUACGUAGGUAACAGAGUUGAUAAGAUUAAUAAGUUAUCCUCCGGCUUUGAAUGGCAUUAUGUAAAUACUCAUGAUAAUGCCGCAGAUAUAUUGUCUCGUGGUGUAGAGCCCCAAUUAUUGGAAAAAUGUGACAUUUGGUGGCAUGGACCAAAGUUUUUGUCAGACCCUACUUACCAUCAUAAACCUGUAGAACUUGAUAUUUUAAAAUCUGAUGUACCAGAGUUAAGGCCUACAACUGAAACCUGUUAUACUUGUGUAGAUGUAAGUUCUAGCUCGAUUGAUGCCUUGAUACAGAAAUGUUCAAAUAUAAACAAAUUGACAAGGAUUGUAGGUUAUCUCCUUAGAUUUGUAUUUAACUGUAAACAUUUAAAUAUUAACAAACGUCAGGGACAUUUAUCUCCCCAAGAGUUGGAAUCUGCGUUGCGCAUAAUAAUUAAAUGUGAGCAAAGAAAGUUCUUUUGUAAUGAUAUUGAAGACUUAAAUAACAAGUUCUCAUUAAAGUCGAGUAUAAACAGUUUGCAUCCUUUUCUUGAUUCUGAAGGAUUGCUACGUGUUGGUGGUAGAUUGCAAAACGCAGGAUUGUCCUAUGACCAGAAACACCCGAUUAUAUUGCCCAAAGGUUCUCAUGUCACAAAAAUAAUUGUUCAUAAUGAGCACUUAAGGUUAAAACAUGCUGGUGCAACUUUGUUAUUGAGUACCCUAAAUGAGAAAUAUUGGAUUUUGAAUGCAAACAGAGAACUCAAGUCCGUUUUGUAUAAAUGUAUAAAAUGUUUCAGACUUAAGGCAAAAAAUGCUUCUCAACUAAUGGGUUCUCUGCCAUUCGAUCGUGUAAAUAUGACUAGGCCAUUUCAAAUUGUGGGCACUGACUACGCCGGUCCUUUCUAUGUAAAGCAGUCUAGAAUUAGGAGACCUGUGAUAACAAAGGCUUAUGUUGUGAUUUUUGUAUGCUUUGUUACAAAGGCCAUCCACAUUGAAUUGGCAUCUGACAUGACAACUGAUACUUUUUUAGGGUGUCUUAAAAGAUUUAUAGCUCGUAGAAAUAAACCUACUAAAAUAUAUUGUGAUAAUGCGGCCUAUUAUAAAGGCGCAGAAAAUGUUCUUAAGGAAUUGUAUGACCUUCAAAAUUCUACUAAUCAUCAAGCAUCUGUGGUUGACUUUUCUAGUUCUGAAAGAAUAGCCUUUCAUUUCAUUCCUUCUUAUUCCCCAGUUUUUGGUGGUCUGUGGGAAGCAGGUAUUAAAAGUGUUAAAUAUCACAUGAAACGUGUAAUUGCUAAUACAGUGUUUACCUAUGAGCAAAUGUACUCGACUUUGGUUCAGUUUGAAGCCAUUUUGAAUUCUAGGCCGUUGACCCCAAUGUCUAGGGAUCCUAGCGAUAUGACCUAUUUAACUCCUGGACAUUUUCUCACCGGUAGUCCACUGACAUCUUAUCCAGAAACGGAUAUUACAGAUGUAAAUGUAGGUAGGUUAAGUUUUUGGAAACAAUGUGUUCAAUUGCAACAACAUUUUUGGAAGCAAUGGCAUAAGCAAUACUUGGUUAUGCUGCAGAGUAGACCAAAGUGGAGAAAUGAGUCUCCUAACUUAGAAAUAGGCAAUUUAGUUUUGUUGAGGGAAGAUAAUACCUCUCCAUUGUGUUGGCCAGUAGGUCGAAUUGUUGAUGUUCAACCUGGUAAAGAUGGUAAGGUUCGAGCCUUGCAUGUAAAAAACGCAAAGGGUUUCAUUGUUAAAACGAGUGUUACCAAGGUGUGUCCCUUACCAAUUGAUUAUAGUUAGGUAAACUGCUUUGUUUAUUUGUUAAAUUUAAUGAUAAUGCAGGAGUUAGUUAGCAUUAAAUUUUUGUUGUUUUUUAACAUUGUAAUUGUUGUUUUUUGGCUUGGCCCCCAACAUGUUCAUAACCGAACA